AUGAGUGGUGCCCUGGAUGCAAUGACGUUUGCCCUGUGGGGCCGCGGAGCUGCGCCCCAGAACUUCGUGGGCCUACUGCUGGCAAUGAUGAACCUGAUUAUCCACGUACCUUUCUCGGACCUACCGUUGCUCCAGGACUACGAGCUGGGCACAUUAAAGGAGCAAUAUGACUACAUAAUUGGUGAAUUGGUAGGUGGGUCUGCGGGCUCCGUGAUCGCCAACCGGCUGUCUGCAAACCCUGACGUCACUGUGCUUCUCCUGGAAGCGGGCGGACUAGAGACGGCUUCUAGGCAGAUACCAGUCAUCGCUGCAUACAACGUGGGAGGCCACGACGAUUGGGCGUACUCGACUGUGCCGCAGAAAAACGCGUGUCUCUCCUUCCAUGAACAUCGAUGCCCCUUACCAAGAGGCAAAGUGCUGGGCGGCUCCAGCGUGCUGAACUACAUGUUGUACGUGCGAGGCGACAGGCUCGACUACAGCCGCUGGGCUCGGAAGUACGGAGCCAAGGGCUGGGCAUACGAGGACGUGCUGCCACACUUCAAAGAUAUCGAGGACUAUCGCGUGGGACCACUCGGAGAUUACCACGGCACUGGCGGGGAGGUCCCCGUCGACUACGCCAACACAAGCACACCACUGAGCAACGUUUAUCUGGAAGCAUGCAACCAGUCUGGUUACGGCUACGUCGAUUACAACGGACCUUCGCAGUUCGGCUGCUCACGCGUGCAGACAAACACAAAGAAUGGCGAACGAUUCAGCUCAAGCAAGGCGUUCAUACAUUCCGUAAUUAGGGCAAGAAAAAACCUUGACGUGGCUCUCAUCAGCCAGGUAACAAAGGUGAACUUCCAGAGAAGUCGCGCUCUUGGAGUGACGGUCACAAGAUUCGGACAGUCGCAGAACGUGUCUGCUGGACGAGAGGUGAUCCUUUCGGCGGGAACGAUAGGAAGUGCCCAGAUCCUGCUGUUGUCCGGAGUGGGUCCAAAGGAGGAUCUCGAAAGCUCAAGAUACCAGUGGUCUCUGAUCUUCCAGUGGGACGAAGCAUACAAGACCUACGUUCUCCUCUUUACGGCAGUGCCCGUAAUCACGAAUCAGCCAGUCGGCAUACCGUUAUUUAGCCUAGGCGAUAUUGCACAGUACGAGCGUAACAGAACAGGAACAAUAUCGAUACCGGCGGCUGUGGAGGUACUGCACUUUCUCAACACUCAAAAUACCACAAGCCCUGAGCCUCCCAACAUUAUACUAUGCCUACUUUCGAGUCAACCUGCCAGCCAACUAGCGAGAGCUGAGCUGCUCAACAUAGGCAUGCCACCAGAGGCUUACGACAGCUAUUUGGCUCCCCGAGAUACUGUUCCCGGCUUCAGGUUGGCGGUAAUCAAUGUCCGGCCCGAAUCAAGGGGUCGCAUCACGUUACGUUCAUCGGAUCCAAACGAGUACCCAGACAUCGACUUGCGCUUGAUGGAGCAUCCUCAAGACGUCAGAGUGGCCGCUCAAGGCACAAAGAUCUUCAUAGACAAGAUACUAAGCACACAUGCCAUGAGGGAAAUUGGCGCGAAGCCAUGGGACGUUACCUUCCCUCCUUGUGCCGAUGCGGGACCAGCGGGGAGCUUGGAAUACAUCGAGUGCCUCUUCCGACACAUGGCGAAUCCUGUGUGGCACGUUUGCUGUUCUGCACCCAUGGGCUCGCAUUCGAACGCAGUCGUGGACGAACGCCUUAAGGUCAGAGGCAUCGCUGGUCUUCGGGUGGCCGAUGCCUCCGUGAUGCCGGACAUUGUCAGCGGCACGACUCAAGCAGCAGCUAUGAUGAUCGGAAGCAAGGCGGCAGCUAUGAUCAUCGAGGACAAUAAUUCUGAUGGGUACAAACCCUGGCAUAGUCGACAGAGUUUGCAUUAAUACUAUCGACCAUAUGCUUUGGCAGGGUCUUGUGGAUUUCAUGAACCGUGACAAUGAAAGAUACCGGUGGCAAGGAGUUCUUCACAGCGGGGCGCUUUCACAUCAAGCGCCUGCUGUCCGGAAGACCUACGAUGCGGCUCCCACGUUGAACCUUGCUGUUCCAACGUGGAAGCCGCCUGCUUCAUCCCAAGGGUUGAUCUUCAAGACGUGAAUAAAGUUAAACUUCAAACCAUA